AUGAGCUCCGCACUGUCGCAGGCGCAUCCUCAAGAGGUUCUGCCUGUAGAUGACGUCGCUUUCGCAGACGGCAAUCUGACGUGGACUCGAGCCGGAACAUCCGAAAAAUUUGAUGGCGACGAAAUCCUGUUCAUUCUAGAAGCACCAGGCACAAAUACCGUGGACCUGGAGUUCAUCAUUUGUUGUCUCAAGGAAGUCCCCGAAGACCAGGGAAACCCGUAUCGCCUCUCUCUGUUUAGAACCACAGAGAUACCUGCUGAGGUACCAGAGCGAUAUGUCAUUAGGGAUUUGCCGCCUUACCUCCGCCAUGGGGUAAAUGCCGAGGUAGACGUCAUUGUCUCGACCAAAUCCGGCACGGGCUUAGCCUUGAGAGUAUGGGAAGACGUACUGCAACACCUAUGGCAAUUAAUCGCAAGUCACGCACCCACAAGCGAGUUGUAUUACCGACUCAGUAUUACGCAAAGUGCGGAGACCAUUCGCAACUUUUCGAAAAGUGUAUGGGCCUCAAACGACCAGAGCCCAAGGUCAAGAACCAUUGUCCUUCUCAGCGGAGACGGCGGAGUGGUGGAGCUACUGAAUGGGUCUGAUCAAGACUCAUCACACGCGACCUUGCCCUUGAUGGCACUGCUUCCUCUGGGGACGGGAAAUGGUCUCUUUCAUUCCAUGCACAAGCCUCUAUAUCUGAGUCCCGGACCAAGCCCACUGGUCCAUGGACUACGAACGCUCUUUCAGGGAACGGCUUCUGAUCUCCCGGUCUUUCGAGCGUCCUUUUCACCGGGUUCUCGAAUAGUCACCUUUACCGACAAAGCGUCUGCGACUGGUGAAUCCAAUAAUGAUGCCAAGUUUUUGAAAGAAGAAACCUCUGUAUCCCACCUGAACGGCGCCAUCGUUGCUAGUUAUGGGUUCCACGCCAGCAUUGUCUACGAAAGCGACACGCCUGAGUACCGCGUCCAUGGCAACAAACGCUUUGGUAUGGUCGCCCAGGAACUCCUCAGGGAGGCCCACGCAUACGGCGCGCAGGUUUCCAUUCGCCGUCCCGGAUCGUCCAAGUUUGAGGGCAUCCCUCGGGACACGCAUGCAUACGUGCUCGCCACACUAGUGUCGAACCUAGAACGGACGUUUACCAUAUCGCCCGCGAGCAAGCCCCUCCAGGGACAACUUCGCCUGGUUCACUUCGGGCCUGUCGGAGGCGAGAGGACAAUGGAGGUGAUGAUGAAGGCAUAUGACGAGGGUAAGCAUGUGGAUAUCAAGUGGGAUGAUGGUGAGCAGGUUGGAUACGAUGAGGUGGAAGAGGUUCGAGUCGUCAUUUUGGAAGAGGAAGAGAGGUGGCGUAAGGUCUGCAUUGAUGGCACAAUCGUCGAAGUUCCAAGCGGCGGGCAGAUGAACGUGAAGAUGUUGGAGCGAGGGCCUUUUAGGGUGUUGGCAGAUUCUCGUCUGUUGCGUAGAUAA